UAAAUACAAGUAUUUCAAAUAAAUCACAUCUCUGAUUACAUGAGAACACGUACGAUUGUUUUUUCACAUCAAAAUUCCGUAGGUGGUGAAUAACACCUAAAAGUUCUCCUUAUCAAACAAUUCCAGUUUGAUAAUAAAUGUUAGUAGGUGCGCACAGCUGUUGGUCGCCUUCCGCUUAAAUUUGAUAAUCAUGUCAACCGUUCAAUAGUGAGCAGUGUAUUUUUACUGCACUUUUGACAGUUUCGUACUUUAUAUUUAAAUACCGGAUUAUUUUACAAUUACUGUACUUAUAUACAUAAUUUGUGCUGUGCGAAAAUGUGGUAUCCCAUUAACUCAUACGAAUCCAACUCCAGCCUGAGCUACGCGCACUGGAACAGAUAUUACAAUUCAUUCGAAGACAAAAUGGGAAUGACUGUCACCUCCGGGAGUGUGACCAUUAAGAAAGAUCCAAACAAUUUAAUCGGCAUAAGUAUUGGAGGUGGUGCUCCACUAUGUCCUUGCCUGUAUAUUGUUCAAAUAUUCGACAACACCGCCGCUGCAAGAGACGGGACGCUGCAAGCAGGCGACGAACUUGUUGCAGUCAAUUGCCAGUCUGUCAAAGGAAAAACUAAAGUUGAAGUUGCAAAAAUGAUACAGGCUACAAAGGACGAAGUAGUAAUCAAUUACAACAAACUUCACGCUGACCCACAGCAAGGUAAAAGUUUGGAUAUAGUUCUGAAAAAAGUUAAACAUCGUUUAGUGGAACACAUGAGCUCGUCGACUGCAGAUGCCUUGGGGCUCUCCAGAGCCAUUCUCUGUAACGACACCCUGGUAAAGAAAAUGCAAGAAUUACAGGAAACAGAACUUAUGUACAAAGGACUGGUGGACCAUUGUAAAAGAGUACUUCAUGCUCAUUUGGAACUAAUGCAAAUGGUAAAGUCAAUGGGGGAUGUGUUUUCGAAUAUAGCCGUAAGAGAGCCACAGCCGAGGGCUAGCGAGGCCUUCAGGGUUUUCGGAGAACAGCAUCGGAGUAUGGAGAAACUUGGACAUGAAAUGGUCAAGAAGGUGAAACCGGUUUUGGCAGAUAUGGGAACCUAUUUGCAUAAAGCGAUUCCAGACACCAGACUGACGGUAAAAAAAUAUGCCGAUGCAAAGUUUGAGUAUCUUGCAUACUGUUUAAAAGUUAAAGAAAUGGACGACGAAGAGUGCAGUUAUGCUGCGCUACAGGAGCCUUUAUAUCGUGUAGAAACCGGAAACUAUGAAUACAGAUUAAUUCUACGUUGUCGACAAGUAGCCCGAACGAGAUUUGCUAAAUUACGUUCGGAUGUUUUGGUAAAAAUGGAACUCCUGGAAAAUAAGCACGUUCAAUCGUUGGGCGGACAUCUAACAAAGCUAAUCGAAGCUUUCGCUGAACUACAUAAGAAAACGUUGGAACUUCUGUCAGGCCCAGCACUAUUUCCUGUUGAAGUCGAUUUGUCCAACAGUGCUUUCCAAUACAAAUCGACAACACCAAUCACUACACAAGAAAAUGAUGACGAUGAUGAACACGAUAUUGAAAAUGGAGAAGAAGUUCGAGAAAUUUCGACAAGGACGUCUAUCAAUGAAGUCCUCAAGUCCUCCAUUUUGUCUGAAGACUUACCUCUGGAAUCCGAUUCUAGCCUCUUGAUUCCUGGUUUAGGAAUUAAUCAGACCGAGGAGCCCGAUUAUAACAAUAUGGAUACAUUAACACUACUCUCGUCUUUAAACAUAAACGGAGUCCCAAAAAAUGACGAAGAUGAGAAACUGUUAGACCUAUCCUCUGAACGUUAAACAAAAAAUUUAAGAAUACGAAAAUAUUUAUGGAAUAAAUUUACAUACAUAUGAA